AUGCCCCACCCCAUCCUGCUACGCCAGAAUCGCCUUCUGCCUCUUUACAAACAACUCCGCUCAGUAUCCAGCACAGCCUCAAUGUCCAGCACACCUGUGGAAGACGCCAUCCGCAAGAAGCUCCAAACAACUCUUCAACCCACUACCCUCAUAAUUCGCAACGACUCCCACAAACAUGCCCAUCACGCCCCAAUGCGCGGCGUCUCGUCGCAAGAGACGCAUUUUCACAUAACGGUCACAUCACCCUUAUUCGUGGCAAAAACGCAGUCUGCUCGCCAUCGAAUGGUCUAUGCGGCCCUCAAGGACGAGAUGGCCCGGGAAGGCGGCAUACAUGCGUUGCAAUUGAAGACGAGGACGGUAGAAGAGGAGGAAAGGGAGAAGGAUAAGGAGAACGAGAAUGAUGGGAGUGGGUGA